CCGAUGAGUGAGAAAUACAACAUGAUGCGUUUCUUUCCUUCACCAACACAGUCGUCCAUCACUCCUGAGAAAUCUCCUGCACAUGUUCCUCAGCUGCUCGUGUCUCCUGAAGUUCUCACAGAGAGAGGAUCAGUGGAGCUUCACUGUUCUGUUCCAAACAAUGUUAAAGUGUCUCGGUGUUCUUUCUACCCAGAGGGAGACGACACAUUUAUUAAACUCUCUCCAUCUCCAUCAUGUCGGCUCUCAGUCACUGGUUCUGAUCUGAUCAGGUGGACAGGACGCAGCUCUCCUGAAACACUUCGGAUUAUUUGUUUCUAUGUGUUGGAUAACUCUGUUCGUUCUCCUUCUCCUCACUCUCGCCCAGCUCCAGUCACAGUGCUGAAUCAGAAACCAAAGCUAAGCGUCGUUUAUGAUGAUCAGCUCCAUAAAUUCACAUUUUCAUGUGAAAUCCCAGGGUCAGAGUCAGUAACUGCUGAUUUUAGCUGUAAUCUCUACACUGGAGAAAAAACUCAGUUUUUCUCAAACACAUCCUUUCAGAAGAGAGACUCUGGGAAGGCGGUUUGUGUUUUUAUAGCAGAUAGAAAUGAUGUGUUUAAUCGUCAGCCGUCAGUAAAGAGUCGUGAAGUGAGCUGUGAUUAUUCAGUGACCUCUGACCCGACUGCUCGCUCUCCGAUGAGUGAGAAAUACAACAUGAUGCAUUUCUUUCCUGAAACACCACAGCGGCCCACAACUAAACCCUCCCCGACUGACAGAAAGAAACCGACUGCAGGAUCUUUGUCGGUGCUGCUGCCGUCAGUCCUCGGUGUCUGUGUUUUACUGGCUGGAAUGAUGAGCGUCUGUCUCUGCAGCUUUAUCAGGAAGCAGAUGGCUGAGAGACGCAAAAUGGACUUGACCCAAGGUGAUCAGGAUGGUGAUGAGAUUUACACAGAGGUGAUGUACACACUCUCCUCUCAGAGGAAACGUGGCUCCUUUCAGCUUCCUCUGAAUGAUGGACCCUGAACAGGACGCGCUGCUUCUCUUCUGCACCAAAUUCAUCUCAGUUCACUUUGACUCGUUCAUUUUAUCAACACAUCUUUACAAGGAGUUACAUCUUUUUAUCUGAUGGUGGUGGUGUGAUUUUAAAAUAUUUCUGAGAUAAGCUCACCAGCAGGGUCGAGAAAACUGGACACAAAGUCAAGAACCAGAGGAUCAACAUGGAAUCUCAGGUUUGGUAACGUGAGAUACUUGGUGGUACUCUGUGUGUGUGUGUGUGUGUGUGUGUGUGUGUGUGUGUGUGUGUGUGUGUACUUCGUAAAGUGUGUGUUGUCAGAAUCCUUAUAAGAGUGUGCUGUGAUUGUGUUCUAAUCUGGAACAGGUGCAUGGUGAUUAGUCCUUGUGUUACACGCUGUGCACUCAAAGCACCAACACACGCAGACAUAACGACUGUGUUCAUCAUUUCUUCCCAUUUCUCUGGCUGAACUUUAAUCCUAUUUUUUCUUCAUCAUUUCAACAGAAACCGUGAAACAGAUUAAAGGAAUAAAAUCUCUGAACCACGGUGCUGGAGUUGUUGUAAUAAUUUAAUUCUGUAAAAGCACAACUGCUUGAUGGAGACGUAUUACCUCCGAUAUUCUGGUUUUGCCUCACUCGACAAUUUCCCGUUUCUCGACCCCGCCUCUGUGUCAUGUUUUUGAUCUGUUUGCCUGCUUGUUUUCAAAUAAACACGCUUCCUGAGAUAAAA